CAUUGUUUACAUGGUUUUUUUUUGUAUUACUGUAUCAGUUUCGUGUGCAAAAUAUUUACACUGUCAGUAGAACUAAUUAUUUAUAGACUUAAGUAUAUAUGGAUUUUUUUUUCUUCACAAAAAGUCAUCUUUUUCGAUAAAAUUGUGAAAUCAAAAGUAAAAUCAGUGCUAAAACCAAUCAUUAAUGUGUAUUCGCCGGAUGUGACUGAAUUUUAAUUUUCCACCAUCAAACGGUUUUGUGGGCAUUGCGUGCGAAAUCAGUCGAUAUAUUGACGUGAAUCACAAAAGAUGUGCGUUGUUUGCUCAUUUUCGAUGGUGUAUUGCGCCAUUGAUAAAAACCGGUAUAUGUGAGGCAACAAAUCUAAAUCGAAAAGAACCAUCGAAAAAACUCGUUCGAAACGGGAAACAAUACAACACACAUACAUGUAUGCAAAUGUAUGUCAUCAUCGCAUGGAUUUAGAGCUCUGUGUUGUUUAUGGUUUCGAAGCUCAGUUUGUGUACAACAAUCCAGAGUGACAGACAUCACAAAUCAAAUGUGACGGAGUUAGAACAUUACGGAAGUAGAACGUCGAAGAAAAUCACACGAAUAACGUCAUCAGAAACAUUCAGCAAAGAAAAAAUAAUAAUAAAAAGACAAGUAAAAAAACAAUAAAGAAAGAAGAUAAUCAAAAAUUAUAAAUUUUGUCAGCGCAAAGUGUUCAACCUUAUUGAAUCAACCAUAAAAAAGAAACAAUCAUACGCUAAUUCAGUGAUUUCGAAAGAUAGAUAGUCUCAGGUGAAAUUGUGCCGUGCAUCGAUUCGAACGUGUUAACUUCUGACUGAGCAACAAACAAAAAACAAAUACUAAAUCAAUAGACCGUCAAAUUAAGCAUAAAACAUUCAGCAAGUUAUAUUGCGUACCAAAACAAGAACAAACCAAAUCGCAUGCUAACCCAAUUUGAAAUUGAAACGCACAAGAAAAGGCAUACUUCAGUCCAUCGCAUUACAGGUCGACUAUAAAAAAAUGCACACGUGGAGAUUGCGCGUUAAAGAAAAUGAAAUAAAAACAAACCAACAACACUAACAGCAACCAAAUCGUUGAACCAAGUGCCACGCAAAGCCUGAAAAAGAUAAAACUAACAUUAAGCUUUCACAGAUUGAAAUCACGAAGCAUUGAGAAAGAGCAAACGAACGAUUGAGCGAUUAAAGAAAGAACUAAGCGGCGGUCGUAUGGGUUCAGAAUAGAUUGCGCAGGCAAAAAAAGUACCGAUUGAUAAAUAACACAGAGAGAAAACCAACCGAAAAGAAUAAUUCGAAUUCAGUUUGCUUUUGUAGCCGUCGUCGCCAUCAUCAUCAUCAAUCGAGUGUGUGUUUAUUACGAUUAUUAUUGUUAAAUUCAAUGUUGUAUGCGCGCGUGUGUGAUCACGUUGUGGCUGUUGAUCAUUUUUGGAAAAAUGGAACUUUCUCAAUCGUCGGCGCUGUGUGAAUUAUUUACGCCAGUCUCACAUUGUGUCGCAUUGGAAUUUCAUUGAAUUUGCUAGGUUUUGGCCUGUGCAACGUACCAAUUCAGUUAGUAUUGCAAUGUGCGCGCUCGCACCCAUUUGGUGGUAAUAUACAAACAUUUUGCCACAUAAAAGUAGCUCAAAACAUUAGUUGCAACGAGUAAAUGUAUUGCUGUUUUAACUUACAAUUAACCACAAAAUUGGCUGUAUAUUGCGAUAGUGUGAGCUCGUGCGAGAGUGCUACACAAGCCUGUAAUUUUAAUCGGUUCUGUGAUCGCGUACAAAACGUGAGCUCGCAUUGAAUGUAUGCGAGAGAGUAAAGAAGAAAUCACCUAUUCAAUAUACUAUAUCUAACGUGUCUUACAAGAGCUGCGAAGCGCACAAGAGAAGUGGAAACGAUAUCUUGUGUACUUUGUUUUCCUGCACAUUUCACAGCUCGUAUUCAAACGAUUUAGACAAUCAUUUUAAGUGGCUCGUUGCAUUCGGUGGACCUUUUUUUUGUUUUCAUCGUCAUACCCAUUCUAAAAGGAAAUUUAUAUAAAAAAAAAUUAUAAAUCUGUGCUAAUCGUACAUUGAACAAACGCAAAUCGGGUUUUAAUUUGGCCAACGACUGUAUAUUUGCCGUUUUCCGUCUGUUGAAACAUUUAGAUUCUUAAAUUCCAUUCAGUGGCUUUUGUUGUUGUUGUUAUUUAAUUGGAUUGUUUGUCUUCAUUUGCAUAUAAAUUCGUAUGCGCAGUGCAUAUAUAUUUGUGACCGGUUAUUGUGAAAUUUCAAACGCAGACUUGAGUGAAUUCGAUAGAAUUUGAAGAAUAUUAAAUUGAAAUAAGAAAAAUAAAGCGAAAAAAUGUCACAAGCGGUGGAAGAAAAUCUGCAAUUGUUAUUGAAUGGUUCGGCCAUCAAUGAAGACGUGGACACGCUUUGUGAUUUCACGCUAGAAGAGCAAAAUGCAGUAUUUGAAGCGCAGGGAAUUCAACCGUUAACUUCAUCCGAUUUUACGCCUGUCUUGGGCACAACGGUGACCUUCAUCGUUGCAUGCGUAUUAAUUAACGAACAAAAUGAAGUGCUGAUGAUACAAGAAGCGAAAAAAUCAUGUGCAGGAAAAUGGUAUUUACCGGCUGGUCGAAUGGAAGCAAAUGAAACAAUUAUUGAAGCGGCAGUUCGUGAAGUGGCUGAAGAAACUGGUCUCAAUAUCGAAGUGACCACGUUGCUUGGUUUAGAGUGUGCUGGUGGAUCAUGGUAUCGUUUCAUUUGUACGGGCCGUGUGCUUGGCGGUGAAUUAAAAACACCGAACAAAGCCGAUGCGGAAUCGUUGCAAGCGAAAUGGGUCGCUGAUUUGAAUGAAUUAAAUUUACGUGCUAAUGAUAUUUUGCCUUUGAUCGAUUUAGGUCGUAAUUAUCAUCGUUUCUUGAAAAAUAAGGAAAUCAAUCGACCAUUACAAUGGCAUAAUAAUGUAUUGCCCGCACAAAAAUCGCAUUUGAAAAAUUAUCUACGUGUUGUCGCUGUUAUUAAAAAACGCACCAAUAAUCGAGUUAAUAUCUUGUUAAGUGAAAAAAACGUUUUUCAUUUUCCAAGCGUUGAAAUCCAUCACUCCCGCAGCAUUCAUGGUACACUCCGUAAAUUUAUGAUUGAAUUAUUUGGGGCAGAACUACCACAACAUCGACCUCAUGGUGUUUUGAGUAUUGAACAUUUGCCAAAACAAGCGACAAACAGUGCAGAAAGCAACGGAUCAUUGGCAGCCAAAGGUGAUGGAAUUUGUAUAACGAUAUUGUGUCUCUUUAGGCCGCCUCUCGAAGAAGUCAGUAUUUUGAAGAGUAAGUGCAUUUGGCAUGAAGUGUCGAAACAAAUUGAUGAUCGAAUUUGCGAAGUUCUAUCGGCAAAAAAUACAACGCUCGCCCUACACGUUGUACGAUAAAUAAAAAAAAUGAAACGGCAAAGGUGUUUAUUUUAAUAUUUUUGUAGCUGAAUAACCCAUCCCAGUAAAAUGAUUGAGCCAGAUGAAGAGGAGCAUUAGUCAUUAUGAGUGUAAUUGAGUAUUUUACGAUUAAAUGAGUAGGCAGUAGGUGGUUGUCAUUCAAUAAAAUGGCAUUGAUUGACUAUUAUUCUUAUUAUUAAUUACGAAUUUCGAAAUUCACAAAACACACAUAGAAUUUGUAGCCAAUUGAGUUUGAUACAUAUAUAUACGGUGAAGAUAUUACUAUGAUUAACACUAGAAAUGAUCGAUAAAUUUUACAAUUAUUAUUUGUAUUAUUAAUGCUUAAUUGCCUUUUUCUGUGUAUAUGUAUUUGAUGACGGCGUCAAACUUUCCUAAUAUUUCAAAAUAUA